AUGAGCAUGGGGAGUCAGUUCCUUUCUAAUUACAUCCCCUUGGAAUUGCCGUUCCACGCCCACAUCCACCCCCCGAGCUUCCCCAGAAGAGGGAUGGAAGGGGACCAUGAAGCAGAAGAGGAGGAAGCUUUGGGCGCCGUGAAGGAGAUGAUGUACAGGAUCGCCGCCAUGCAGCCGGUGGACAUCGACCCCUCGACGAUCAAGAAGCCCAGGCGCCGCAACGUCCGGAUCAGCGACGACCCGCAGAGCGUGGCCGCGCGCCUCCGGCGGGAGCGCAUCAGCGAGCGCAUCCGCGUCCUGCAGCGGCUCGUCCCGGGGGGUACCAAGAUGGACACCACCUCCAUGCUCGACGAGGCCAUCCGGUACGUCAAGUUCCUCAAGCGGCAGGUGCAAGAGCUGCAGGCCAGCCCUCAGUCACACGCGGUUCACGUCGGGGCAGUGGUCGACGGGAACCCGGUCGCGGGUGCGGAGUGGUCCCACGCCUCUUCGCCGUCCUCCUCCUCCUCCGCCAUGGGAGCUCCUCCUCCUCCUGUAUUAGAGUUUGGCUUCGAUGAGCAGGGCGCCCACCACCCGGUGCACUAA